AUGAUGAUCAGUCAAGCGAGCUGUUUUUGGGAAGAGAGACUCAAAAAUCAGAACAAGACCAAAGAUAAGAUUCCGACAAUGACUAAAGUAUGUCCUGAAAUGCAAGAAAAGAGAGUGUGUGAAGAAGCAGUAGUGGUAGUUGAAGCAAUCUCAGCUGAUGUAAGCUUUGCUUCUAACCAGUUUCCAUCAUACAAGUUAGGACCUGAAGAUCAGAUUCUUGAUGAGCCUAAAGAAAAUGAAAAACAUCCAUCUGUUAAAGAUGUAGUCGAUAAAGAAACUGAAGAUUUGUCAGAUCAGCACAAACGUCUUUCAGUUCGUGACCUUGCUUGCAAAUUCGACAAGAAUCUAGCUGCAGCUGCUAAACUAGUUGACGAGGCAAAGUUGAAUGAGGUGACUUCAUUGGAAGGACAUGUUAUGCUAAAGAAACUUAGAGAUGCUUUAGAAUCCAUGAGAGGUCGUAUGGAUGGGCGUAACAAGGAAGCCGUUGAAAAAGCUAUCUCUAUGGUUGAGGCUUUAGCAGUAAAGUUAACCCAUCAUGAAGGUGGGCUCAUUCAAGAAAAGACUGAAGUGAAGAAGCUAGCAAGCUUCCUCAAGCAGGCUUCAGAAGAUGCAAAGAAGUUAGUGAACCAGGAACGGUCCUUUGCUUGUGCUGAAAUAGAUAGUGCAAGGACUCUUGUGAUGAGACUUGGAGGAGCAUUUGAAGAACAGGAGCUUUGUUCUAAAGCUUCUCAAGCUCAGGGACCGAAUGUUGAGAAAUUGGUUGAGGAAGUUCAGGAGGCUAGAAGAAUCAAACGGAUGCAUCAACCAACCAAGGUGAUGGGCAUGCAACAUGAACUUCAUGAUUUAAAGAGUCAAAUUCAAGAGAAGUCUGCAUAUUCAAUUAAGCUUCAAAGAGAGAUAGCAAUAAUCAAGAGAGCUGAAGGGUCCAAAUCAUGUCCUUAUGUUCUAGAUGGUGCACAAACUCUUGGCUCUUGCCUAAGGAUACGUGCCUCCUCAGAUAGUAAUGCUUCAGAUACUUCCAAAUGUUCAUUCCAGUGGUACCGUGCAGCAUCUGAGUCUAGCCGAAGAGAAGCUAUAUCUGGUGCCAACCAAUCAGUAUAUGCUCCAGAACCAUAUGAUGUCGGCAGAGUAAUACAAGCAGAUAUUCUUUGUAACGGUCAGAAGUUCACUGUUACAACAGACGGUCCAAUUAAUACUGCUUCUGGCUUGCAAUCACGCGUUGAAUCACUCCUGCGAAAAUCAAACAGUGAAUUCACUGUGGUUAUAUCACAGAUGAAUGGGCAAGAUCAUGUAUCACGAUCUCAUGUAUUUACUGUAGGAAAGGCGAGGGUAAAGCUAUCUAGAGGAUGGAUCACAAAGGCUAGAGAAAUAUAUUCAAACUCCAUGCAGUUAUGUGGAGUGAGAGGCAAUGCUAAUGCUCCUGCAAAAGCAUUGUUCUGGCAACCAAGAAAGGGUUUAAGUUUCUUACUAACUUUUGAGACAGAACAAGAACGUAAUGCAGCUAUUGUUCUCUCCCGGAAAUACGCAUACGAUUGCAAUGUUACUCUGGUUGGGCCAGACGAUUGA